GAGGUAAGGCAGUAUUUUUAGAAACAUCCACAACGGGCAGGAGCGGAUUGCCGCUCGCUGCCUCUUGAUUGCCUCACUGGAACAGGAGGAAAACGUAGCGAGGAUGCAGACUGUGCCUGUCAUUUGGCUUUGGGAACACAACUCGCCAUGGGACGACCUCAAAGAUAUCUCUCCAAAAUGGGUCUCUUACUUGGGUGAUGUGUCUGCUGCCCUGACUGUCUUCAUACGCAGAGGAUUUAUUUUCCUUUUGGAAAUAUUUUAAGUUGAAGUCUUGUUCCUUACUGGAAAUUAUCGUUGCUAAAGACUAUAUACAAGAUGGGUGAUAUGGCAAACAACUCGGUUGCGUAUAGUGGUGUAAAAAAUGCUGUCAAAGAAGCUAAUCAUGGAGAAUUUGGAGUCACUCUUGCAGAGCUCCGUUCUCUUAUGGAGCUUCGAGCUACAGAUGCACUGCAUAAAAUACAGGAAUGCUAUGGAGAUGUGCAGGGCAUCUGUACAAAAUUGAAAACUUCACCAAAUGAAGGUUUAAGUGGAAAUCCAGCAGAUAUAGAAAGGAGAGAAGCAGUUUUUGGGAAGAACUUUAUACCUCCUAAAAAGCCAAAAACAUUUCUUCAGUUAGUAUGGGAAGCGCUACAAGAUGUUACACUAAUUAUAUUAGAAAUUGCAGCCGUAGUGUCCUUGGGCCUUUCUUUUUACCAGCCUCCAGGAGGAAAUGAAGCAUUAUGUGGAUCAGUAAAUGUUGGUGAAGAGGAGGAGGAAUCUGAAGCAGGUUGGAUUGAAGGAGCAGCAAUCCUCCUGUCUGUAGUUUGUGUUGUAUUAGUAACAGCUUUCAAUGACUGGAGUAAAGAAAAACAAUUUCGAGGACUGCAGAGCCGUAUUGAACAGGAACAGAAGUUCACAGUCAUCAGAGGUGGCCAAGUCAUCCAAAUACCAGUUGCUGACAUAAUUGUUGGAGAUAUUGCACAAGUGAAAUAUGGCGAUCUUUUACCGGCUGAUGGCAUACUCAUUCAAGGAAAUGACCUCAAAAUUGAUGAAAGUUCACUAACUGGUGAAUCUGACCACGUUAAGAAGUCUUUGGACAGAGAUCCUAUGCUGCUUUCAGGUACUCAUGUGAUGGAAGGCUCUGGAAGAAUGGUAGUUACUGCUGUAGGUGUGAACUCUCAGACUGGAAUCAUCUUUACCUUGCUUGGGGCUGGAGGAGAUGAAGAGGAGAAGGAGAAAGAGAAGAAGGACAAGAAAAGCAAAAAGCAAGAUGGAGCUGUUGAGAACCGUAACAAAGCUAAAGCUCAAGAUGGUGCAGCUAUGGAAAUGCAGCCAUUGAAGAGUGAGGAUGGCGUGGAUGGAGAUGAAAAAGACAAGAAGAGAUCAAAUUUGCCAAAGAAAGAAAAAUCUGUUCUCCAAGGCAAACUUACGAAGCUUGCAGUUCAGAUUGGCAAAGCAGGUUUGUUGAUGUCUGCAAUCACAGUCAUUAUCCUUGUGUUGUAUUUUGUAAUUGAUACCUUCUGGGUCCAGAAGCGACCCUGGCUUGCUGAAUGUACACCAAUUUAUAUUCAGUACUUUGUGAAGUUCUUCAUUAUUGGAGUUACAGUCUUGGUGGUGGCAGUACCAGAAGGUCUUCCACUUGCAGUCACUAUAUCAUUGGCUUAUUCUGUUAAGAAAAUGAUGAGAGAUAAUAACUUAGUGAGACAUCUGGAUGCAUGUGAAACAAUGGGUAAUGCAACAGCUAUUUGCUCAGAUAAAACGGGAACAUUGACUAUGAACAGGAUGACAGUGGUCCAAGCUUACAUCAGUGAAAAACAUUACAAAAAAAUUCCAGCACCAGAAGCUAUUCCAGAGAAUAUAAUGGCUUACCUUGUCACGGGAAUUUCUGUUAAUUGUGCUUAUACUUCCAAAAUACUGCCUCCUGAAAAAGAAGGUGGUCUACCACGUCAUGUUGGAAACAAAACUGAAUGUGCCUUGCUGGGUUUUCUUUUGGAUCUAAAACGUGAUUAUCAGGAUGUACGAAAUGAGAUACCAGAAGAGAAGUUGCACAAAGUGUACACCUUCAAUUCUGUUAGAAAAUCCAUGAGUACUGUGUUAAAAAACUCUGAUGGCAGUUUCCGAAUAUUCAGUAAAGGUGCCUCUGAGAUAGUUCUUAAAAAGUGCUUCAAAAUACUGAGUGCUGAUGGAGAACCAAAGGUAUUCAGACCUAGGGACCGUGAUGAUAUUGUAAAAACUGUAAUUGAGCCAAUGGCUUCUGAAGGACUCAGAACCAUUUGUUUGGCAUUUAGAGACUUUCCAGCAGGGGAACCAGAGCCAGAAUGGGACAAUGAAAAUGACAUUGUUACUGGUCUGACGUGCAUUGCUGUUGUUGGGAUUGAAGAUCCUGUGAGACCUGAGGUACCUGAUGCAAUAAAAAAAUGUCAACGUGCAGGCAUAACUGUACGUAUGGUCACUGGUGAUAACAUUAAUACUGCUCGUGCUAUUGCAUUAAAAUGUGGUAUUCUGAAUCCUGGUGAAGACUUUCUUUGUUUAGAGGGCAAAGACUUUAAUAGGAGAAUACGCAAUGAAAAAGGAGAGAUAGAGCAAGAGCGAAUAGACAAAAUUUGGCCAAAGCUACGUGUUCUUGCAAGAUCAUCUCCUACUGACAAACACACUCUAGUAAAAGGCAUAAUUGACAGCACUAUCUUUGAUCAGAGGCAAGUUGUAGCAGUAACUGGCGAUGGUACCAAUGAUGGUCCUGCGCUGAAGAAAGCAGAUGUUGGAUUUGCUAUGGGAAUUGCUGGAACAGAUGUAGCUAAAGAAGCUUCUGAUAUUAUCCUUACGGAUGACAACUUCACGAGUAUUGUUAAAGCAGUUAUGUGGGGACGAAACGUGUACGACAGCAUUUCGAAGUUUCUUCAGUUCCAGCUUACUGUCAAUGUAGUAGCAGUAAUUGUUGCUUUUACAGGAGCAUGCAUAACACAGGAUUCUCCACUUAAAGCUGUGCAGAUGCUGUGGGUAAAUCUGAUAAUGGACACAUUAGCUUCUCUUGCCUUGGCGACAGAACCACCCACUGAAGCUCUUCUAUUGCGAAAGCCUUAUGGUAGAAACAAACCUUUGAUUUCUCGUACAAUGAUGAAGAAUAUUUUGGGUCAUGCAUUCUAUCAACUCGUAGUGGUCUUUACACUCCUGUUUGCUGGUGAGAAAAUUUUUGAUAUUGAUAGUGGAAGAAAUGCACCUCUGCAUGCCCCUCCUUCAGAGCAUUAUACUAUUGUCUUUAAUACGUUUGUAAUGAUGCAGCUUUUUAAUGAAAUUAAUGCCCGGAAAAUUCAUGGUGAAAGAAAUGUUUUUGAAGGAAUCUUUAACAACGCUAUCUUCUGUAGUAUUGUUCUGGGAACGUUUGUUGUGCAGAUAAUUAUUGUGCAGUUUGGUGGAAAACCUUUUAGUUGCUCAAAACUCUCAAUUGAACAGUGGCUGUGGUCUGUUUUCCUGGGCAUGGGAACACUACUCUGGGGCCAGUUGAUUUCAACAAUUCCAACCAGCCGCCUGAAAUUCCUUAAGGAAGCUGGUCAUGGAACACAAAAAGAAGAGAUUCCUGAAGAAGAGCUAGCAGAAGACGUGGAGGAGAUUGAUCAUGCUGAGAGAGAAUUACGUCGUGGUCAGAUCUUGUGGUUUAGGGGCCUAAACAGAAUACAAACUCAGAUACGAGUGGUGAAUGCAUUUCGUAGUUCUUUGUAUGAGGGGCUAGAGAAACCUGAGACACGAAGUUCAAUUCACAAUUUUAUGACGCAUCCUGAGUUUAGAAUAGAAGACUCCGAGCCUCAUAUUCCCCUUAUUGACGAUACUGAUGCUGAAGAUGAUGCUCCAACAAAACGCAACUCUACUCCCCCACCCUCUCCCAAUAAAAAUAACAAUGCGGUUGACAGUGGAAUUCACCUUACAACAGACAUGAACAAGUCUGCUACCUCUUCAUCCCCAGGGAGCCCGCUACAUAGUUUGGAAACAUCACUCUGAUUGUAAGCUGAAUGUUAACACACUAGCUGCAUUGUAAAGAAAUUGAAACUGGGUCUCUUCACACUUUAUGAUGGACAAGAUGAGAUUCUUGUCUUGGACUUCAACAGAAGACACACUUGUACGAAUGUAGAUUUAUUUUUUUAAAAAAAGCUUUCUGCCAGACUGGAGGGUGCUUUUCUGGGGGUGGGAGUAAUAAUGAACUCUGACAGAUGAACAGUAACUCGGCAUAAGUGACCUGUGGAUCAUCUGUUGUACUUAAGAAUGGUCCUGAACAGUGUGUUAGCAGAGCUUUAGUUUAUCAUGAUCUUUUUUUGAGGGGAAGGCUGGGAAGGGCAAGGAGGCCCUGGAUCAUUGAAUUGAUACUUUAAUUUCUGCUGUUGGCUGUUAAUAAUUUGGAUUAUUUAUGUUUAUAAAUGAUACAGAUCUGUUUACAAGGUUUGUAGAUACUUUUUUGUUCCUGUUCAUAGAUGGGAAGCUUCCUUAUAAAUGAUGCAGAGAAAAAUAAUAAAAAAAAAAAAACUAGUCCUUCAAAUACUGCUGUAUUUUCAGGAAAAGGGUGUUUCUAUUGAAACUGUACUAAAUUUUGCCUGCAAUUUACCUUGUUAAAUAUUGUAGAUACAUUGCUGAUACUAAUAGCCAAAUAGAUAACACUAAUGCUUUGUAAAAACAUGAGCAGUGGUGUUCUAAUGAAGUUAUGGCCUCUGUCCUGAUUAGUUUCUUAAAUACAUUUACUACUUAAUGGUUUUGAAACAACUGUUUAAUUUUUAAAAAUUUUGAGAAACUUACUGAAUAACUUUUGUUCAGAACUUAGUAGGAUUGUUUAAUGCAGGACAUCAAUAUGUGAUGGAACUUGCUUGAAAUAUUUCUGUUAUCUCGGGCAAAAUGGAUUAAAUCAAAAUACAUCAGAAUCUUAGUCCUUUGUUUUUGUCUAAACAUGUUAGUUUAGUGCUGUCUUGGUGAACUGUGAGUGGAACUGUGAUUUUUUUCUAAUCUAUAAAAUCCUUCAUGCAGCAUGAGGGCUGUUGGCAUUUUGAAAGGUUGUUAGUGGGUAGCAUACAUGUUCUCCUUUUUGUUUUUGAAACUUGUUUGUAAACAUGAAUAAACCUGCCCUUUUGUUAAAAUAAAA